GGUUCCUGGCGCCCUUUCCUACCGCCACGCGGGGGGCCGCCCCUACUACCCAAGUCCCUGCUCAAGCCCACCCGGCUCCCGCGCGUGCCCAGAGCCAUGGCUGCAGUGCGCAGUGCAUCCCUGCUCUGUGGCCUCUUGGCACUGCUGGCUCUGUGCUCCGAGGGGAGCCCACAGAAGGUGCUGAGGGAUGAUGAGAUGGAAGAGUUCCUAGAAGGCUACCAUUCAGAGUUGGAGACCCAGUCCCCGCCCCGGGAAGACGAAGUGGAAGCCCAGCUGCUUCCCGAACCCACCCAGCGUGCCCGCAAAUCCAAGGCAAGGGGCAAGCCGCGGCCAGAUGCAGAAGCUUUGUCCUUGACAGUCCUUCCACAAAAGAACAAAGACAAAGAGAAGAAAGGGAAGAAAGACAAAGGUCCCAAGGCCACAAAACACCUGCAGGGCUCCACCAGGUUCACCAAGACACCAAAGCAGAAGCCACCCAAGGCUACCAAGAAGCCCAAAAAGAAGCCACCCAAAGCCACUAAGAAGCCCAAAAAGAAGCCACCCAAGGCCACUAAGUGGCUCUCGGCAGGAAAGAAGUUAUCAAAUGUGGCCCCCUUAGAAACGCUGGGGCAGUCACUUCUCUUACCAACCAACUCCAGCAACCAGGAGCCACCACAGAAGAAAG